AUGCAGCAACAGCUAAUGCCACAGCAGUUUGCACCUACACUGCUACAGCCACACUUACACCAACCACUAGAACAAGAUGAGGCUGCCGCUGCUGCAAACCCAUCGGAGUCUGGAGUCAGGCGCACGACACUGACGCGCAACCGAAACUACAACCAGCAAGGGAAGUAUAGGGGAGUGAGGAAGCGUGGGGCGUCCAGCUACAUCGCAGAGAUUAAAGACACCACUCAUGGGGUCCGCAGGUGGCUGGGCACGUUUUCAUCUGCAGAGGAGGCUGCUCGGUCGUUUGAUGAAGCUGCUUUCAACAUUCGAGGAUCCACGGCGAAGCUUAACUUUCCAGAGGAAUUUAUCAAGGAAAAGGGAGAACUCGAAGCGGCGGAUAAGAUGGAGACGACGGGAAGGGAGGCUGGUGGUGAGAGUAGUGGCCCAGGGAUGCUGAGGAAUGGGGUAUCUCUAGGAGGGGCUGGAGAGGGCGGUUCUAGUAGAGCUGGAGGGAAAGGGAAAGAAGCAGCACGUGAUGAAGAUGCUGCAAAAGGGCGAUGGGCGGUCGUGGACGUUUCGGGGGAGGAGGAGGAGGAGGAGGAGGAGGAUGAGGAGGAGGAGGAGGAGGAGGAGGAGGAGGAGGAGGAGGAGGAGGAGGAGGAGGAGCAGCACCAGCAGCAGGAUCCAUCGUGUGCUGGAGUAGAUGGGAGUGGGCUUCCAAGAUUUUAUGUGCCGGGAGAAGAUUCAGGCAGGUUUGAAGGGUUGGGAUUCUACGGUCUGACAGCAGGUGAAGGGGGGCAAUCCUAUGCGUUUGCGGAGAGGUUCCCUCGCCAGCUCGUGGGGGUUGAAGAAGCCAAUGCAACUGGUGGAAGUGGGUUUGGUGCGGUAAAAAGGCAAGGAGGGAGCGGAAGCGUGGGAGGAAUAGAUGGGCAUUUUGAUGGUCUUGCUUCUCGUGAUGAAUGGGUGGCAAGUGAACACCACUAUCAGCUGCCUUAUAUCCACCACUCUCAGCAGCAGCAGCAGCAGCAGCAGCAGCAGCAGCAGCAGCAGCAGCAGCAGCAGCAGCAGCAGCAGCAGCAGCAGCAGCAGCAGCAGCAGCAGUACCAACCGACAGCACGCUUGUUGUUGCCGCUGCCGCUCCCGCUGCCGCUCCCACAACACCAGCCGCAGCAGCAAGAACAGCAGACAAAACGUGCGGUAGCGAAUCCGUCCGUUUUGUCGGGUGUGGAGCAGACUGGAACUCCUGUAGGACUCUCGGCACUGGCAGCAGGGCAGCAGACGAUGGCAGCAGCGCAGCAGGCGAAGGCAACAGGGCAGCAAGCAUCGGCAGCAGGGCAGCACGCAGUGACAGGGGAACAAGCGUUGGCAGCAGUGCAACAUGCAGGCUAUAGGGGGUUCAUUGUUGGGGUGCCUGAGAAAGUGGUGAUGGCUGGUGGGGACGCAUCCCUUCAAGAAGCAGAGGAGGCAGAGGAGGCGGCGGAGGCAGUGGAGGGGGUGGAGGGGGUGGAGGGGGUGGAAGGGGUGGCGGGGGUGGAGGGGGUGGCGGCAGUGGAGGUUCCCAACAUGGCAGAGCAGGGUGAGUUUAAAACCACGGAUGAUGCCGCCUCUGGGAGAGCAACAAUCGACAGCACUGUGAAUGGUGGUGCUGGCAGCAGCAGUGGAGAUGUCUUGAUGCAGGAAGUCACAGCAGCAGGCUCUGGGGCUGUAUACAUUGGCGGUGGUGCGGAUCACUCUAUAGUGGAGCACUCUAAUGUGGAACAGCCUAGUGAGGAGGAACAGCCUAGUUCGGACCAGCCUAGUCUGGACAAGUCUAGUGCAGAACAGCCCAGUUCGUCGGACCAGCCAAGUUCGGACCAGCCAAGUUCUGAGCAGCCUAUUCUGGAAAGUCUCUGUGUUGACGAGCUGUGUGCCCUCCAGCAUUACACCACAGCAGGUUUGGACCUUUCUCUGCCUGACCGCGCAGCGGGUUGGUUGUUUCUAGAGGCUCAAGACACACACCCCACUGCAGAUGCUGCGGGGAACCUCGUCACCCCGUUCUCCUGCCUCCCUCAACGCACAGCAGCUGCUGCUGGUGGGGACCUCGCCACCACCCCGUUCUCUCGCAUCGACAGGACAGCAUGUUUCAGUUUCGAGAAUUAUGGCUGCUCCGUCCCCUUUAUAGAGCUUUUGAGAGGGGCAGGAGAGGGAUUGGAGGCUGGGAGAGAGGCUGUGGAUGCGGCAGGGUCGGCAUAUGCAGCAGAUGAGCAGCAUUUGGGGGACACUGCGGCUGGAGGUGGAAUCUACACCGUGGAUCCGCUGGAGAUGUUCUUCCUGAAUGAUGGGGAGCCUAGGGACUAA